AUGAAGGAAAAAGUAGAGGCCCAGCCCAACCUCCCAAGAGUCUCCUUCCUUAUGCUACAGUGGAGGGUUGGAUGCAGGGGGUGGCCGUGGCGGUCAUCCCACGGCCAGGGCCACGUGCCGGCCAUCGCCGACCUCCCCGGUGCCCUACAAAACACCGCCGCACGCCCCCUUCACCGAACCCUAAUCCCCUCUUUAUUCCUCCAUCUCUUUAUCUCAAUCGGAAGCGCGCCCGAGCGCCGCCGUCCCCAUGUCGUCGUCGAUGUCGCGGCCACUGGCCUCCUCUCGUCGCGCCAAGAGGUCCAGGAGAACUGUCGCGGUCUACUUCGUCUACCCCGAGCACUGAAUCGAGCAAGGAUGGCCCGUACACUCGCCAUCGACCUCGUCUUCAACGCGUACAUCGCCGGCGUCCGGCGUCGAUUACCGCUGCUCCGGUCCACCUCCGGCCUCCCCGACCUCGCCUUCGUGCUCACUACCCCGAGGCCGAUGAUGCCCCGGUGAUCGACUACGUCGACAACGACACUUCUUCCUUUUCCAUGGAGCUUCCAGGCAAGCCCCCCCUUUGAUCAUCCCGAU